AUGAGGGAACCAGUCGUAGAAGACCCCGCGCGAUGUCAGUCAGUCGUGGGAAAACUAGCAAAUGCGAAAGUGCUGCUAAAAGGUGUCAAUAUUCAGGAAAUUGAUAGCGACGAAAAUAUGGAUGAGCAAAUUAACAAUGGCGAGAACAAACAAAAAAUUAAGAAAGGGGACCGUCGUAAAAGUAAAACAGACACUGAACAAGCAAGAGAUGAUAUAAAGAAAUUUAAAGAGAAUCUUUUACAAUCUAUUCCAGUGGGCGAUUCCUCAAUUAUUUCUGAUGGUACUUCAGAAAUAGUGGUACCGCAGCCGGCGCGGUCGCGGUCCGCGUCUAAAGCGAGAGAAGCACUUUGCAUACCCGCUAAUGUAUUAGCGGAGCUGGAUGAGCAGAAGCUGUUCGAAUUGAAAGAGGCUUUUUUAUUAUUCGACUUAGACGGUGAUGGUUGUAUAGACCAUAAUGAUUUACGAGGCACACUAGUGAGCCUUGGGGAGAAAGUGGACGAGCAAGCUGUAAAGAAUAUGCUGUCUGAGGCGCCAAAUCCAUUGGAUUUCGACGCAUUUGUUAACCUUCUUGGGUAUAAAACCCUUGAAUUGGAUUCGGAGGAGACCUUGGUGGCAGCACUGUCCCGUUGGGACAAAGAUAAUUCUGGAUUUAUAUCUGAAGAAAGAAUUCGUCACGAUUUGAUGACAUUCGGCGAUCGGUUCACGGAGAAGGAGGCAGAUUAUGCUUUGGACGAAGCCCCUAUCGUUCAAAAGAAUGGCAACACGAUGAUCGACUACUUGCGCUUCUGCAGUCAACUGGCUGGUCUUCGGAAGGCGAACAAAAAGCAAAUUCAAUAGGAAAAAAUUGCAAAUUCUUCAUGACACACUGUAUUGCCUAUUUUAUUUUAAGUUGCCCUUUGAUAUUUACACCGAAAAUAAAAACUUUUCUUCAUUGUACUUUGUCAAAUAUUCAAAUGUAUAUUUAUUGUAUUAGUUCACAUACAAUAACUUUAUAAUAUUAUUUCAGGGUUUUUUUAUUUAUGCAAUUAGGAAAAUUAUAAAACUGUAGAGAACAUGUAUAUAGUAUCCUGGGAUAUUUGAAACUGCAAUUGUUUAAAAGUUCUAUUAAAAAAAUCAAUUUAUGC